GAGAGAGAGAGAGAGAGAGAGAGAGAGAGAGAGAGAGAGAGAGAGAGAGAGAGAGAGAGAGAGAGAGAGAGAGAGAGAAAGAGAGAUUACCAAUAUGGUGUACACUGCGUCUCGGAGUCUGAAGAGGCAGGUGGAGGUGUAUUUUGUUCUUAAGCGACUGAGCGAUGCAUUGUGUAAGGGCGUUUUUGCGGUCCUUGCGAUGACGUUAGUGAGUUUCGGGCAUUACAUGACCUUGAAUGUUCUCUGGACCAAUGUGGCGCUUCUGUGCACAGAAGCGUGUACAACAAUCUUGCUUUCAUUUACUGACAGCACUUAUUUUCAGAAAAUGUCCUGCGCUGAGAUUGCCAAGGCUCAACGAUCUGAACGCUGGUUGGUCUUUGGCAAGAUUACGCUCCUGGAGGGAAGCCUGGUCUCUACAAGUAGCUACGUUGGUGCCACUAGCUUGGUCAAGCUGUUUUCUGUGGCCUCUCUGGUUCCUCUCGAUUUAUACCUCUAUCGGGCCCUCCCUCACCUCGGCGGGGGGGCGGAUUACCAUGUGCAAAGGGGUAUAAGGCGUUUGCACGAGUCCCUUGCUCUUGUUUGCAUCUGCAUCCUUGUCCACGCUGUACUUAUGGUCACGCUCAUCUUCUUCCCACUGGUGUACUCGACGGCCAGGAGUCUACUGGGCCUCGUGGACUGGGACCUCGGAGUUCCCUGCUUUGAGAGGGUUGACCACAGUCAAAGGGAGAGCGAGAUGGGGCUAGCGUGGUACGCACACCUGCAUCGGCACUGGUACUUAUCGCCAAAAGAGGCCCACGAAGACGUUAAGUGUUGUGGCCUGCCUGGGUACUGGUUCCAUAGCAUGAAGGACUUGCUGAUAACCGCAAGACAAUUUUUGCCUGCUGGGGUUGAGGACUGUAAGAGGUGCUCUGGCUCCAAGGGGAAGCCCAGUAUGGGUGUGGCUGGAUCCCGUAGAAUGGCACUGGAGGCACUAUGGGACUUGUCCCAGCCAACGAAGCCCUGCACCUGCCCAUUGUUCUAUGAAGAGGAGGGCAUGGCUACCCACAUGCAGGACAUCCCUCAGGUCAGUCGUUGCACCUAUGAUGUGGACGCCAGUCGGGACUUCCUAGUAUAUGGGGGCUACCCUGCCAUGCUCUGCAUAGUCAGCAGCUGCGCAGCCCAACCCUAUGAGCUGCAGCUUGCAGCAUCCAUCUGCGGAGGCUUUGCGUCAUCCCUCCCAGUCCUGCUUUGGCAGCCUCUUUGGAAGAAAGACAUGAACGUACAUGUUGUGCAGUUGUUCGAUGAUAAGGAUUUCACGUUGUGCACCGUAGAGUUGCUCGAGAGCUUUGUCCACUUGUUGGAGAUCCAAAUGCAGAUGCAGACGCCAGACCUCUCUCUGAUGGAGGCUCUCACCUUUGCCAUCUCCUCCUUUGCAAAUGUGGUGAGCGACAUGCACGCCCACUACCAUGCCCUCCUCCAGUCUAAAGAGUUCGGUUCCGAUCCGCCGACGUUCAGGUUUGAGUCGCUUGACCCCCCUAGCAAUAAGACUUGCAACACCUUCAAUAACGCCUUCACGACGUUCUGCCCAUUCGGAUGGCCUCUCGGGGAUGAGAUCCCAGACUUCACGAAAGCCAAAGCGUGGAUGGAAGGUGUGCAGACUGCCGUGUCGCUACAGGAAACGGUUCAACUGCUGCUCAAGCUAGCCACUUGGACUGACAUGAGUGUGCAAAGUCAGGUCGUGUCUCAUGCCAUUAGGGCUCUUUCGGCCAUCUGGUCAUGCAAGAUGAUAUAUUGGCAUCGUUUCGACAAACGGAUGCCACGCGACUUCCCUGAUCCGCUAGCGCUGAUUAGCAACCUUAGCAAUGCCGAGGAAGCCAAGGCAGCUAUGAAGGCACUGAUUUUUCUCUGCACUAACCGAAGUCAGUCAACGACUAGUAUCCUGUCCCCUUUCUCCAAGCUUCAUUUGGCCAAGAUCCUCAUCUCUCAAGAAGUGAGGGACAUUGAUGGCGAGCUUGCCACAAUCCUGCUGCAGUGCCUUUGCUACUGGCGGCGCGCAAUGGGCCCUCGGGAACUGGAUUGGUUUGCCUCUGAGGUAGUCGAGACAAUACAUGAUCUGUUCAUUUCAUCGUGUGAUGCAGCUACGGUCGCGAAGCUGAUAAGGGACUCGCCUGGCGGUGUCAGCUGUCUAAUGCUCAUGCUAAGCAGUCAAGUAAGCCGCCUAAACGCCGCCCGCCUUGCAGAAAAUGGAAACACUGCCACAUUUAGGCCCACACACUUGCAAUUCAAGGCCCCGAAGAACCCUAAAGAAGACUCUGAGACACAUUACUGUUUUUGCAAUGCUGCUGCUACAGCCCUGCUUUAUGAGCUCCUAUGCUUUGACGGCCCCACCACAACCCUACCAGCCCUGGAGGACAGCCCUGACCUCUUUGUCCAUCUGCUUAAAGAUCUUAGCUGGGUAGUGCUCCAUCUAUUGAACCUGAGGCCGGUCGAGGACGAGGAUGCAAAGAAUGCCAUAGUUGUUGGUGGCGGGUAUAAGUAUGGCUUCGGCUACUCAGAUCCACUCGAAGGGAGGCUAGCUCAUCGCCCGCCAGGCAAUUGGAUGUAUACGUUGUGUUCCCGUGCUCGAAGGGGUUUGUCCUACCUUAAGUCCAAUUUUGCUCUGAAGUCUACUCUUCUCUUCUUGGAGUCCUUUGACAAUCCAGCCUGGAGACCACCGUUCGGGUUGUGGGAAAGCAUCUCCUCGCUGAUUGAAGACGCUGGAAAAGACCGAAUGGAACACUUCGAGAGGUCAGUCAACGCCAUGCUGGCAGCAAGACAGGCUAUUCGCAUAAUGUAUGAGCUUGUCAAUACCUAUCCUCAGCUGCAAGAGGACAAAUACGUUCAUUGGUACUUCCACACACUCGUGAAAUGCGUAAUUGGUCCCUUUCCUAGUCUCCAGAAAAGGCUUAGGCUUUGGGAGUUGGAGGUCCGUUGCGAGUUCGAGAUGAAGGAUCUGGCCGCAAGGAUUCUAGCUUGCACCAUUCGAAGAGCUAACGACCUUGCUGGAGAUAACUUGUCAAUGUCAUUGGUAGACCCACCCCGCUCUUUCACGUGUCAGGCUCUGAGGAGUCUCAAGGAUUGGGCGAAUCGUUUGGCAAUGGCCAAGGUGCAGAACGAAGGGGAUAUCAUCGACCUUGACUUGGAGGGCAACUCAAUAUGGAUAUUGGACAAGACCCGAAAUAAUGCCAACGACUGUCUUCUGAAGGAAGUGGAGUCUCUUGCAUUGCCCUGCUCUGUACAAAGUACUUAAUACAGUAAGGAAACUUGUGACGAACUAUUUUAUGCAACCGC